AUGCUUGAAAAGAGACAGGAAGAAGUUUCACUAACGAACAUUAAACUUAAAUCAGUUAUGGAAUUACUCAAACGAACCACUACUCCAAAGUCAUUUACCAAGGCUUUCCGUAAUCACAUACGAAAACAAUCAAUAUCUAGAAAUGAUGAAGACAGAAAGGAAUCGGGACGAUCCUCUGAUGAUUUUAGUCCUAUCUAUGAUGAAGUAUUUGCCAGUGAGGAGAAGGAUGAAUUAUUUGUAGAACGUGAAAAGAUAAUUACUAGUGAAAUUGGAAAUGAGUUAGGAGGAGAUGCUCAAGCAUUAGAUGAUAAGAUUGAGAUGAUCACCUCGGAAAUUGCUUAUAUUAAUGCUAAGAUUCAUUCUUUACAAUUAAGUAUUGCCGGUGAAUAUAGCAAAGAAUCUGAAGAUAAAUCACGAAAGAAUAGUAUCAAGUCUAGUAAAAUUGAACGAAAUUUUGAUGAAUAUGAAAGUUAUACAAUAUUGGAAUCCUUCUUUAAGGAAAUUGUUGAUUCUCGAACUGGAGAUUGGUCUUGAUGAAUGACCUUAGAACAACAAGAAAAGACAAUUAUGGAUUUAAGAAAAACUUUAUUGGCCAUGAGAAGAGCUGCAGUUCUUACAACAAGUGAAUAUGAAAAGAAAAACAGAGAACUUGAAGAAGCUUUACGUCUCGGUGAAAGAUCACCAAGUCCAUCAACUCUGGAAAAGAGAGAAUUGCAGAUGGAUGAUAUUGAAAAUAGUACUUUCAAUGCCA